AGCAACAGCGCCCUCUAAGGUCACAAUUUGGAGUUAAGUGUUUGUGUUGAUGAUUCAGGGAAAUCAGAGAUGGAAAUUAGUGAUGAAGAAGGUGCCCACCAGAAUAUUGAGUUGGAUGUUGAUAAGGAAAUACACGAAGAGACUGCAGCUUCUGGUGAGGACCACUCUGAUCUUGGAGAACCUUGUAGUCACAGAGAGAGAGUGACUUGCAGAGUUCACUAGCAGAUUGGGCAAUUGAAUUUGGAAUUUCACUAAUUGCUUUGUCAGCACUUCUUACCAUUCUCAAAGUCCAUCAUUCCUCUCUGCCUAAGGAUGGAAGAACGUUGCUGAAAACAAAAACACGCUACAGCAUUAGCAGUAUAGCUGGUGGUGUGUUCCAUUAUUGUGGAAUUCUAAAUUCUGUUUGGAAAAUCCUUGAUAAAGUUUGGCAUACUGUACCAGACAAACAUGUCUUCAAAUUACAGUUGAAUUUUGAUGGACUACCACUCUUUAAGUUAAUAGUACACCGUUUUGGCCGAUUCUUGGUUUGCUGCAAGGUCACACUAAGGCACCUGUGUUGAUUGGACUCUUUUGUGGUACUUCAAAGCCAAAUUCUUUGGCUGAAUAUCUUUAUAAUCUGGUUCAGGAGCUGAAAAUGUUGAGAUAUGGGUUUCUGUUCAGGAAGAAAACUUUCUUUUUGCAUGUUGUUUCUGUUGUGUGCGAUGCCCCUGCCCGAGCCUUCAUCCAAGGUGUGAAGUCACACACUGCAUAUCGUGGAUGUGAGAAGUGUCACCAAACAGGUGUUUGGAAAUCAAAUCGAAUGACAUUUCCUGAGUUGAAUGUAAAGCGCAGAACUGAUAAGAGUUUUAGGCAAGCAAUUGAUGAAGAACACCACAUCCAACACUCACCGCUUACAGACAUUGGCAUUGACAUGGUCACUUGUUUCCCACAUGAUUACAUGCGCCUGGUUUGUCUGGGUGUAAUGCGCCGUCUCUUAGACUUGUGGAUCAGCACCACUGGUCUCUUGCACUGUCGCAUAUCAUCCAUUCAAGCUUCCAUGGUGUCAGAUAGACUUAUUGCCUUGAGAAACUACAUUCCACGUGAGUUUGCUCGAAGGCCUCGGGCACUAGCAGAUCGAUGUAGGUGGAAAGCAACAGAGCUAUGCCAAUUCUUGUUGUACACUGGUCCAGUUGUGCUGUAUGAUGUUCUACAGCAUCAAAUCUAUGACAACUUCAUGCUUUUGUCUGUAGCUGUGUACAUAUUGGCAUAUUGCCAAAAUUUUGCAUGAAGAUGAAUGACCUUGCAAAUACUCUGUUGCUUUCAUUUGUUGAACACUUUGGCCAGCUUUAUGGUAAAGAGUUUUUGGUUUACAAUAUUCAUGGCCUUGUGCACCUCAGCGAAAAGGUCAAAAUCCAUGGCAAUCUAGAUCCUAUAUCAGGAUUCCCCUUUGAAAAUUUCUUAGGAAAGCUCAAAAACUGGUUCGAGGGCCUUGCAAUCCUUUGACUCAGGUUAUGUGUAGAUUGUCAGAGAUAGAAAAUAGAAAGUACAGUUGUGAUGUUCAAGAGGCAAUUCAAAAAUUGGAUAAAGAACAUACAGAUGGGCCAGUACCUGAGUGCUUCUUGCAACAAGCUCGUCAAUUUAAAGUUCUUGCGAUUGAUGAUAUAGUUGUGAAGCUCAAUGAGAGAGAUUCUUGUGUCAAAAUCGACAAUCAGUUGGUUUUAGUCCAAAACAUUGUUGAGGAUGAAGGUGCAGUAUACCUUGUGGGCAAUGAAUAUAAACAAGUGGAUCACUUCUUUAAAUAUCCUAUUGAUUCAAAGGAGUUGGGAAUUUAUGUGGUUUCCAACCUCUCCACAAAUGUUCGGUGUUUCAUGACAGGAAAGACACUUCAGAAGUAUGUGAGAUUGCCAUUCCGAAACAGAUUUGUUGUUCCACUCCUGCAUCAAGAGAAAUAACUCUCAAGUUGCUUUUGUAUAAAAUUCGGCUGAGGAAUACAAUUCUUUGUCUCUUUAGAUGUUUCACAUUGUUGUCUUUGACAAGACAAAUGAGGUUGAAGUUGUGCCUUCAGUCUGGAUUAAAAAUGUAGAGUGCAUGUGGCCUCCAAAUAAAAGUGAUAUAACAAAAGCUGUAAAAUCGCAAGAGAGUCCAGGAGAUGAUUGGAAGCCCCAUAACGCCAGAAUUAUUUUCACAUCAUUUGACUACAAGGAAGCAAGACGUAAACCUUUAGCUGUUGAUCACACAGACAUUGAUCAGACCGAUGGAGGGAACUCAUUACAUUUCAAAGAAAAAGAAAACCCAAGAACAUUCUUUUCCCUGGAGAAGAUGAUGAUAGUGAGGUGGAAGGACAUCAGAAAGAACCAAAGUCAAAAAAAUGCAGAAGGUAUUCCAUACCUGAUGCUCCAAAAAUCGCUAGACAACACAAAUUAGACCCAGGAAAGCCAAGCUUCCCGAAGCUCUGCCACAGUACUCCUGACCUCCCUAAUGAUGAGAUGAAAAGUCAAGAAAAAGGAGGUAUGCCUUACCUAAUGCUCCAGUGAUCACUAGGGAACAGAUUUCUCCUGUAGUAGACAACCUCCACCUAAGUGGCCAAAGCAGUCCUGACCUUCAUUCACAUGGUCAAGGCAGUCCUGACGUUAGCUCACAUGGUCAAGGCAGUCCUGACGUUAGCCCACAUGGCCAAAGCAGUCCUCACUUUCGUCCACACAGCCAAAUGAGUCACAACCUUCACCCAAGCUGCUACUACAGUCCUGACUUGUAUUCAGAUGGUCACAGCACUCCUGAGAUCCACUCAAGUCCUCAGACCAGCACUACUAUGUUAUCCUCCGGCUGGCAUGUUCGCUCUGAAAGCUGUACAUCAGGUAAAUCAAGCAUUGAGACCCUUUCAAGGCAUGCCGACGUUGAGGUCAGAAAAACAGCCCACAAAAUUAAGGAGAUCCAUAAAAAAAGGUACUCUGAACCUUCAAGGUCACACCACACCAGGGACAUCCUGCAAACAUCCAGUCACCAAAUUUUCCUUCUUCGUAAUGUAUUAACAAAACAGGAAAUGCUGAUGGACCAAUUGCGAAUUAUCUUUAAGACUCUCCAGUGCAUGCAAUCAAGUCAGGAGACAGAGAUAGGCCUGGGUCGAAAUUUAUUACCACUCAAAGAUCUCAGUUCUCUUCAGAACAUGGAGGACAAUCUGCAGAGUAUUCCUGACCUCCAUAAGCAAUUGGUAAACACACUGGCUCUUAAAGGUGGGACAGACGUUCAGGAGUGUGAUUGGAGAAUCAUGCAUGGACUGUUUACAAACUCCUUGGCGAGGAAAGUUAACAUGAGAGGAGUGAAUGGAAAGACUGGCUUCCUACGCCUACAGAUACGAGAUGUUGUGAUUGCGGCUGUGAGGCGUAACCGUCUUACAUCUGAGGCAACAGAAAAAGAAAUCGAUUCCACAGUUAAAAGAUGGCUGUAUCUGGCCCCAGACAGAGAUGGUGGCCGAAAAGAGAGAAUGAAGAACAAGGUGAGCGGAGAGAGUACGACUGGUUAACAGACUUCAGGAAUGGAUGUUCAAAAGCUAUGUCCAGAGUGCAAAUUGUUUGUUGACAGAAUCAUUAAUGUUUCAGAGUUAUUUGAAGCGUACUACUUGUUACUGACUAUAAAAGUCGAUGCUCAAGUGGUAUUUAUGUGAAGUGAAACUUGUUGAUGAAUAGAAACAUGGAUCAGUGUUAUAGGUUGAGUAAAUAUUGUUACUGAACAGAAACAUGGACAUUUAAGCGUCAUAGUUCGAGCAAAUUUUGUUCCUGACAAGAAACAUGGACGUUCAAGUGUUAUACAUAGUGUGAAACUUGUUAAUGACCAUAAACAUGGAUAUUCAAGUGUUAUAGGUACAGUAAAUCUUGUUCCUGACCAGAAACAGGGAUGAUCAAGCGUUACAUUUAAUUUCAUGAACAAAAACAUAGCGGAGAACUUCUACUUGUUUUAUUUUUGCUUUUAUUGUAAAUGCAGAACUGACGGGGUGGUAUCUUAUAGAGUUGUUUAUACAAGUGUAUAUGUCAGGUUUCAAUGUUUUGAUGUUAAAUAUAAUAAAAUAUUUGUUCAGAAUA